AUGGAUCUUCCAGAUGAGAUAAUUCAGCUGAUAAUCUCUUAUCUACCAGAAACACAGACCAUAAAAACUAUACGCCUGGUCUCAAAGAGAUUUAAGACAUUGGUCAAUGAGAAUCAUUUCUGGAGACUCAAAUGUAUCAAUUUAGGAUUACCAUUGGCAGAAAUGGCAGAGGGUAAAGAUUGCAUAGCGUUAUAUCUGACAGCGAAACAUGGUGGAAAUUUACUACUUAAUCCUAAUGCAGCAGAGAAGUUUUCGCACUGGACUAUAGAAUUAGAUGGUGGAGAUAGAUUUAUUAUCGAAGAUACUCCCGUUGGUGCCAAACCUUUCCCAACUGAUCUCCUAAAAAAUAGACCUGUGAAAACAUGGGUUACAUCAUUUGCUACUUCUUCGAAAUAUCAAUUUGUUGAUAUACACAAGAAUUUUGAAGCCUAUUUCUACAACAAAACCAAACCAAAAGUUUGUAUUUCAGAAUGGUAUACAAGUCGGUUCGAUUGUGGAUGUAAAUAUGUAAUCACUGUAGAGUUAUUAAACAAAUCAAAAGAAAUUCUGGAUACCUUUCAACUUAUUGAUAAAUUACCACCUGGUCAUGAGUGGAAACAGGUGAAGCAUACGUUCCAAAAACAUUAUCCAACAUUACAAUAUAUAAAAUAUACUCAUAAUGGAAGUGAUCUGAAUUUCUGGGCUGGUCAUUAUGGUGCUAAAUUUACUGGAUCAUCUAUUCGUCUGGUGUUUUCUUAA